GGGGGAAAACCAAAGAUUACAAUUUUAAAUUUUAAAGUGGGAAAAAGGGACUAAGUGAAUAACCAAAGAGAGAAAUAGACCAGUUGAGUUGAGUCAUAACUCAUAAACAGUUGAGCACAGCUUCACUCGGCACAAUAGAGUGACGCGAAAAUGAGAAGCUUUCCAAGAACCUACUAUUUAAACUAGAUUCAAUUUUCUUCUCUUUGAAUCAAAAACAUCUAUUUCCCAAUAUCCCAAAAAAAACUUUUGCAGAUCGGUGUGGAAAACAAAGAAUGAACGCAGGUUCUUUGGUUGCGGACUCGGUGUGGAAAACCAUUGAGUCAACUCUUUCAGUGACUGAGGAUCAGCUCUCAAUGUCAGUAGUCUUGCAUUUCUUGUUUGGUAAAAACUUUGAGAGAGCCACUAGGAUAGUGGAUCAAAGAGGUGUCAAGAGGAUCUCUGGUGAGCCCAGUGGUCGUUCCAUCUUUCAGGUGGUGGGGGAAUCACAGAGGAAGGAGGAGUACUUCUGUUUCCCUGAACAAUAUUGUGCCUGUUACUCAUUUUUUUAUGACAUUGUAAACAGAGGAGAGCAACUUUGUUGUAAGCAUCAAUUAGCUGCAAGGCUUGCUGCAGCAUUGGGAACAUGUGUCAACGUUAGUGUGUCUGAUGAGCAACUAGCACUAUUGCUUGUGAAACUUUAACAGCAUAGAUGGAAGAUGAAUUUAGACUCAGAAGAUGAGGGGGUAUGCUCCAAGAAAAUCACUCUGAGAUAUAAUAUAACUGCUUUAAGAAUAUGAAAUUUUGCAUCCUCACUUAGAUUGGAAAUUACAGUGUAUUUUAUUUGUACUGUUGCAUAAUAACUGCCAUAGUAACCAUGCAGUUCUAUAAAAUUUAAAUAGUGCUAUUUUUUCCCCUUCCACAA